AUGGUGACAAACCUCCUUACCAAUGUCAAGGAUGCCCUGAAGGGUUUCCCUGUUACAGAUAUUUGUGGGUGGACGGACAGCUUGGUGGUUCUUCACUGGAUAAGAGGUGCUGGUCAAUACAAGCAGUUUGUUGAGAAUCGCGUCAGGAAAAUUCAAGCAAAAUCAGAGAUCAAAUGGAGACACGUUCCUACGGAGGAAAACCCGGCGGAUCUGGCGAGCAGGGGUGGUGAUGUUCAACACAAGGAACUGUGGUGGAAUGGCCCUGAGUGGAUGGCCAAGCCCGAAGUAUGGCCACGAGAUAUCGUUAGUCAGUCAUCUGCAGAGAGCCAAGCAGAAGCAAGAGUAACCAGGGAGAUUUUCGCAGUAGCUACAGAAACCAACCCAGACCAGCUAGAUCUUAUCCUUAAGGAUCACGAACUGACUAAGGCAGUACGAGUAAUUGCAUGGAUUGCGAGAUUCAUUUACAACUGCCGAAAUCCCGACAACGUCAUCCGAGGUCCACUAACUACUGAUGAGCUAAUGGCCCAGCAUGAAUUUUGGAUCAAACGAGCGCAGCAAAGCAGCGACAACGAGGAAGAUCGCCUACGACUUAACGUUCAACCAAAUGAACAGGGGAUUCUGCAGUGUCGAGGUCGUGUUCAAGGCGAAUACCCGAUUUAUCUCCCAGAUACUCAUCCUUACACAAAGAAGUUGGUGCAACGAGAGCAUUUGCGAACUCUUCAUGGGGGAGUCCAGCUGACAAUGACGAGCGUGAGAAAGGAUUAUUGGGUUCCGCGUUUGCGGAGACUUGUAAAAGGAACGGUGAAAGAAUGCCAUGGAUGCCGAAGAUUCCGAGCCCGAGCUGUGGCGGAUCCCCCUCCUGGUAACUUGCCUGAAGAUCGUACACAAGGGACAUACCCAUUCCAAGUUAUUGGUGUAGAUUACUGGGCCAAUCCGUUAUAA